AUGGUGACUAUCUUCCCUCUGUCUCCUUCAGAGGAUGGCGUCUCCUUCGCUGGCUCGGUUGUCGGGGACAAGUCCGACACCCUCGGCUCUGCUGCCUCGGGCAAGAAGAGAGGUGGAGGACAGAAGAAGCAGAUGCAAGCCAACAAAUCUGCUCUCCGAGCUCCUCGAGCGCUCUGCUGCCUCACCCUCAGUAACCCCAUCCGCAUGGCCGCCUUGGCCCUUGUUGAAUGGAAAUAUCCUUCAAUGAUGAUGUACAGUUGAAGUCGGAAGUUUACAUACACCUUAGCCAAAUACAUUUAAACUCAGUUUUUCACAAUUCCUGACUUUUAAUCCUAGUAAAAAUUCCCUGUCUUAGGUCAGUUAGGAUCACCACUUUAUUUUAAGAAUGUGAAAUGUCAGAAUAAUAGUAGAGAUAAUGAUUAUUUUCAGCUUUUAUUUCUUUCAUCACAUUCCCAGUGGGUCAGAAGUUUACAUAUACUCAAUUAGUAUUUGGUAGCAUAGCCUUUAAAUUGUUUAACUUGGGUCAAACCUGUCGCGUAGCCUUCCACAAGCUUCCCACAAUAAGUUGGGUGAAUUUUGGCCCAUUCCUCCUGACAGAGCUGGUGUAACUGAGUCAGGUUUGUAGGCCUCCUUGCUCGCACACGCUUUUUCAGUUCUGCCCACAAAUGUUCUAUAGGAUUGAGGUCAGGGCUUUGUGAUGGCCACUCCAAUACCUUGACUUUGUUGUCCUUAAGCCUUUUUGCCACAACUUUGGAAGUAUGCUUGGGGUCAUUGUCCAUUUGGAAGACCCAUUUGCGACCAAGCUUUAACUUCCUGACUGAUGUCGCUUCAAUAUAUCCACAUUAUUUUCCUUCCUCAUGAUGUCAUCUAUUUUGUGAAGUGCACCAGUCCCUCCUGCAGUCCCCCCACAGCAUGAUGCUGCCACCCCCGUGCUUCACGGUUGAGAUGGUGUUCUUCGGCUUGCAAGCCACCGCCUUUUUCCUCCAAACAUAACGAUGGUCAUUAUGGCCAAACAGUUCUAUUUUUGUUUAAUCAGACCAGAGGACAUUUCUCCAAAAAGUACAAUCUUCGUCCCCAUGUGCAGUUGCAAACCGUAGUCUGGCUUUUUAAUGGCGGUUUUGGAGCAGUGGCUUCUUCCUUGCUGAGCGGCCUUUCAGGUUAUGUCGAUAUAGGACUCGUUUUACUGUGGAUAUAGAUACUUUUGUACCUGUUUCCUCCAGCAUCUUCACAAGGUCCUUUGCUGUUGUUCUGGGAUUGAUUUGCACUUUUCGCACCAAAGUACGUUCAUCUCUAGGAGACAGAAUACGUCUCCUUCCUGAGCGGUAUGACGGCUGCGUGGUCCCAUGGUGUUUAUAGUUGCGUACUAUUGUUUGUACAGAUGAACGUGGUACCUUCAGGCGUUUGGAAAUUGAUCCCAAGGAUAAAACAGACUUGUGGAGGUCUACAAAUCUUUUUCUGAGGUCUUGGCUGAUUUAUUUUGGGUUUUCCCAUGAUGUCAAGCAAAGAAGCACUGAGUUUGAAGGUAGGCCUUGAAAUACAUCCACAGGUACACCUCCAAGCCAUGACAUAAUUUUCUGGAAUUUCCAAGCUGUUUAAAGGCACAGUCAAUUUAGUGUAUGUACACUUCUGACCCACUGGAAUUGUGAUACAGUGAAUUAUAAGUGAAAUAAUCUGUCUGUAAACAAUUGUUGGAAAGAUUACUUGUGUUAUGCACAAAGUAGAUGUCCUAACCGAGUGUGUGCAUAUGUGUAUGUACGUGCUUGGGUGCAUGUUAAACCCCCUCCUGUGUUGAGAGACCCGAUUACAGUUUUUCUCAAUUGCAUUUUUUGGAACAAUGUUGUCGAUUUUCAAAACACUGUCCACAAGACACAGAACUCUCUGACCCUUUGCAAAACAGUAAAUGUAAUGUAAAUAGUCAAUGUAAAAGUGGCCUUCUCAAAACAUAAAUACAUUAAUCAAAACUAUAUUAUACCAUCCAAAUUGCAAAUACAUUCAUAAAAAAAUUGCCUGCAAAAAUAAUAACGCAAUCAUACUUAUCUCUUGAAUCCAAGCAGACAAAACAGAAAGUUCGUCUUUUUUUUUUAUCCCAGUAGAUCGUACAGUUAUGAAUAUAACAACAGUCCUGUGUAGCUCAGUUGGUAGAGCAUGGCGUUUGCAACGCCAGGGUUGUGGGUUCGAUUCCCACGGGGGGCCAGUAUGAAAAAUGUAUGCACUCACUAACUGUAAGUCGCUCGGGAUAAGAGCGUCUGCUAAAUGGCUAAAAUGUAAAACUGUUCCCUGAAGGAGGGACUGAGGUAUAAUAUAGUAUGGGGAGUCAACGACCAAUCAUAUUCACCUGAAGAAAACUUAAAUCAUGCCCAAUGGGUCAAAAGAUGCCGAGCCCUCCCUCGGAAGCCCCACCUUCCUGGCUAUAAUACUGGGGCUCGCAUUCAUUUCCUCAAUUCAGUACAGCUCUUCAGUGAGCCUAGUCCCCUGACGGUCGGUCACUCAGUAUAACAUACUAUGGGGACAUACAAUCUGGCUCAGAGGGUACCAAACUAGGAGGCCCACGGCAGCCCAAGCACACACAGGUUCCACCAGCUCCAAAAGAAGCCUGAACUGUCAGAGCCCCAUAUAGGGAACCAGAACCUGCUGCAAAGUGGCUAUGCGCAUUGACAUGCUGCCACUGCAGCCCAAGUCCAUAGACCCCACGGUUCCAAGAACAAUACUUACCUUGCAAGCCAGAAAUGUCAGAACUCGUACAAGGAACCGCAAGUCCAAAAAAACAGAACACCUGUCGUGACUUGGUAAAGUGCACAUGCUCGCUGCAUAGCAUCAACCAGAGUCGAUUAACCACGGAAACCAGAGUCUCAAACCCACCGGAAACCUGCAGUAACCUGGAAACUGUGUACUCGCGCACUGCCACGGUAGCCCAAGGCUCAAACCCACAGGAAACUGUGGUAACCCGUAUAAAUGCGCAACCUGCGUGCUGCCUAACACUCACUCCCGGACCCAGCCAUAAGAACUCUGGGAGCAGUUAGAUCCAAGCAAUAAAACCUCACAAAGGUAUGUGGGGAACCACUCGCUGCAGCACAGAUAUCACAAAUCCUCAUGUCCCUGAACAAUGAGCACACACACCGCUAGGCAACCAAUAUCCUUUGCUUUCAUAUGCCAGGGAGAUAGCCUCUACAAUCCAAUGAGAAAGAAUCUGCUUAGAAAGCGCCCUACCCCGAGCUGGAUCAGUGAAACAGACAAAAAGUUGCUCACAAACGUGGAUAUCCCUGCUCCUAUCCAUGUACGCGCGUAAAGCGCGCACCGGACCCGAGCCAUGCAACCUGGAAGCAAAUGGAGGAGGUGAGAAAGGGAACACUUUGAAAGCCAGGAACCUGUAAGACAUAGGCACCUGUAAGAAAGGGGCUCGUAAGGGCGCACACGCCGACUGUAUAGUCAUAAUCAUGUUUGAGGAUAAACUCCUAGCCGUAAAAAUCAACAUUUCAGAGGCGAUCAUAGAGGAACUGUGCCAGACAGAGCCAGAAUGCGACCGUCCUCUGUUGGAACAUAAACACAUGAUUCAGAACUGACUCCAAAUAACUUUUCUUGCGAUUCACUAUGAACCCGAGAGACUGAAUAUGGGAAACCAUAUGGGAAACCAGCGUGGCAGUGUGGAGCUUCACCUGUUCCCUCGACUCCACUAUGACCAGCCAAUAGUCCAGAUAGGCCAAUACUCUGAUCCCCUGGCACCGCACCUGUGCCAAAGCCGCCUCCACCACCAUAGAAAAGGUGUGAGGCGAUACCUGUUUUUUUUUACACCUUUUUCUCCAGUUGGUAGUUACAGUCUUGUCCCAUCGCUGCAACUCCCGUACUGACUCGGGAGAGGUGAAGGCCGAGAGCCAUGCAUCUGCCGAAACACGACCCCGCCAAGCCGUGCUGCUUCUUGACACACUGCUUCACCUGAAGACCCUUCACCAGCAAACCCAAUCUUUCUCACAAAGUCAGCCCGACACCCAAUGGAAGUUGAACCCAGCCGGAGACAAUGGUCACACGAACUGGUCCGAGCCAAAGCCUCCUGAGCGUGUUUCCAACCCAGACAAACAGGACAGCACUUGUGAGUAUCUUUAAUUUGGUUGGAGGUUCAAACUUGGCAGGUUUGCCUUUUUUAACUUACACUUACCACUGGCCAUCUUACUCAAGGAAGCACUGGCUACACAAGCAGAGCAGAAAGUAGUGGGUUUUUAGCAAACACAAAAAUCGAUACCAAGAUCCAAAACUCACAACAUCUAGGGGGACGAGUACUCUCUCCCCAGUAACAGACACCUAAGUCGGAGCCGAAUCUCGUAGUCUUUGUGUGCUUGAAAAGUUUGUAAAUUGCGUGACACGUUCUUCCUUCAGGCAAGCUGAAGAGCAAGAAUUGAGGAAAUGAAUGCAAGUCCCGGUAUUAUAGCCAGGAAGGAGAGGCUUCCGAGGGUGGGAGGAACACAACUGAUAUGAAUGUAGAGGCCUCAAUCCACACCAAAGCAAACCUCUAUAAUAGAAGGUUACAAUGUUAGAGAUGAUGACCCAAAGAUACUUAGAAAGUAACCCCACUUCAUUCUCUACAUCUCUGCAUGUCAGCAAUAUUGUACAAAAUCAUAAAAAUGAGACAGUCCCCAUUGCAUAGAUCUUUCCCUAUAUUGUACAGUACAUGGAAUGACAUUGAUGGGGGGAUUUCGAAGUUUGUGCAGUAUUAUUUACUGAUUGCAGGAAACAGUGAACACAAUUGCACACAUUUCUCUUCUAAUGAAAAAAAUGUCUGUGAACAAAACACCUAACAGUGAAUUUUGCAUUUACUGAUGACAUUUGUAUUUAAAGUUUUUCAAAAGGUGGUCUAAGAUAUGUCAGGUACAAAGGAAAUAAAACGAUCAGAAGUUCUGUAAAUGUAUUUGAGCAUUUGAUCGUUGCUGUUCUGCUAUAGAUAUGUUUAAACACAGAUCCAAUAAUUGCUUGUAUGCAAUUGAGAAAAACUGUAAGUCAAUCAUGCAUUCAAUGUGGUGUGUAGUAUUUACCCUUAACUAUGGUCCUGCAGACCUUUUGAUAUUUUCAUUCUACUUGCUAUUUUUGCCAAUUGUGUGGCCCUGGGUGUAUCUAAACCCUUCCCUGAGGAGGACUCCAAUUCGACCAACCACAACCUGGUGAGUUGAUGCAAGGCGGCUGAUACAGAGGCUGAGGUGUCAAUCAGGGAGAUCAUAGAGGCUGGAGAUAGGGUUAUUUGGAGUGUUAUAUAAGGGCCAAACCUGGGUUAAAAUAGAGAUACUGUAUUUGAAAUCUUAGCUAAUUUAGCUGUGCUUAAUUGAGCUUACUUGGCACAAUUGAAUCAGUGGAAUACUCCUUCAAGUAGAAAACCCAUCUGGCACUCCUGGCAGGCACAAGCAAAUGCUCAAAGUAUUUGAACAACUUCAGGAAAGCCUGGAGGCCUUUUGUAAAGUAAGAUGUGGCACAUCAAAGGGUGGUGUCAAAAGACUAGGGAAAAUCCAACAGGUAGACUACAACAGUUUCUGAGAAGUUAGGGGGUGUAAUCCUAAAGAAUAAUGCUGUUAAAGGGGAAAUCUGCAGUUGCUACAUCCAUGUUUUGUCUUAUAAAUGUAUGAUAUGUACCCAUUGAUUCCUGAACAAUAUAACGUAUAAAUGCCACAUUAACUUAGUUCAACUGUCAUACCCCAUCAGAACCCAAAAUAUAAGCUUGUUUUAAUCCAAAAAUAAGUAAACUAAUACUUCAUAGCCUCAAAACAUGGUCAAAACUAUAAUACUGAUAUCAUGGAUGGUCAGUCCUUGUGUAACAGUAUUGCUUCUGUCCCUCUCCUUGCCCCAACCUGGGCUUGAACCAGGGACCCUCUGAAGACAUCGUCAACAGUCACCCAAGAAGCAUAAUUAUCCAUCACUCCACAAAAGCCACAGCCCUUGCAGAGCUGUGAUGUAGUGGUGUUGAAGGAGUCAGGCGCAGGAGUGUAAAUCACAGAAUAACAGGCUUUAAUCCGCAAAAUACAGGGUUAUGCAGAAAUGCGUCAAAUAAACUCCAGGGCACCAAACAGGUGCACUGGAAAAUACAAGGCACACAGGAAAAUACUCCGGUCGAACAAAAUACACGAGCUCCACCAAGCUUCACUAACCUUCACAAUAAACAAUCAAGGGGGCAGAGGGAACACUUAUACACAUACUAAUUAGGGGAUUAGAAUCAGGUGUGUGUGAUAACGAGACAAGACAAUUGUGAUGAUGAUUGGGGUGGCAGUGGUUAGUACUCCGUUGACGACGAACGCCGAAGCCUGCCCGAACAAGGAGGGGAGGCAGCCUCGGCCGAAGUAGUGUUAGUACCCCCCCCCUUGACGUGCAGCUCCAGCAGUGCGCCGACCCCGGCCUCGAGGACGGCCAGGAGGACGCGGAGCAGGGCGAGCCGGAUGGGGACGGUGGAAAUCCCGCAACAGGGAGGGAUCGAGGAUAUCCCUCACCGGAACCCAGCACCGUUCCUCCGGACCGUACCCCUCCCACUCCACGAGGUACUGAAAGCCCCCCACCCGAUGCCUCAAAUCCAGGAUGGCACGGACAGAGUACGCCGGGGCCCCCUCGAUGUCCAGAGGAGGUGGAGGAACCUCCUGCACCUCAGACUCCUGGAGCGGACCAACCACCACCGGCCUGAGGAGAGACACAUGAAACGAGGGGUUAAUACUAUAAUCAAGGGGAAGUAACAACCUAAACAUAACCUCGUUGAUUCUCCUCAGGACUUUGAACGGCCCCACAAACCGCAGGCUCAGCUUCCGGCAUGGCAGGCGGAGGGGCAGAUUCCGGGUCGAGAGCCAGACCCGAUCCCCUGGUACAAAAACCGGGGCCUCACUGCGGUGACGGUCAGUGUUGGCCUUCUGACGACGCACAGCGCGCUGGAGGUGAACGUGGGCAGCGUCCCAUGUCUCCUCCGCGCGCCGAAACCUCGGUCUGGCCUCGGUCUGGCUCUGGUGCCACGGUGCCAGAACCAGUUGGUAACCUAAAACACAUUGGAAUGGUGUUAGGUUAGUAGAGGAGUGGCGGAGAGAGUUCUGGGCAUAUUCUGGCCAUGGCAAGAACACCGACCACUCCCCCGGCCGGUCCUGGCAGUAGGACCGCAGGAACCUACCCACAUCCUGAUUUACUCGUUCCACCUGACCAUUUGACUCGGGGUGGAACCCAGAGGUCAGGCUGACCGAGACCCCCAGACGUUCCAUGAACGCCUUCCAAACCUUGGACGUGAACUGGGGACCUCGGUUGGACACGAUAUCCUCUGGCACACCGUAGUGCCGGAAGACGUGAGUAAACAGGGCCUCCGCAGUCUGCAGGGCCGUGGGGAGACCGGGCAGAGGAAGGAGGUGGCAAGACUUGGAGAAGCGGUCCACAACGACCAGGAUGGUGGUGUUACCUUGGGAGAGGGGAAGAUCAGUCAGAAAAGCAAUACUAAGAUGAGACCAUGGUCGUUGUGGAACUGGUAAUGGUUGUACCUUACCCGUUGGGAGGAGCCUAGGUGCCUUACUCUGGGCGCACACCGAGCAGGAGGAGACGUACACUCUCACAUCCUUAGCCAAGGUAGGCCACCAGUACUUUCCGCUCAAGCAGCGCACUGUAUGGCCGAUACCUGGGUGACCAGAGGAGGGUGACGUGUGUGCCCAGAAGAUCAGACGAUCACGGAUAAGAGCAGGCACGUACCAUAGCCCAGCUGGACACUGCGGUGGAGAUGGAUCUGUGCGUAAUGCCUGCUCUAUAUCCGCGUCCAUACUACCGGCGCCACAAUGCAGGAGGCCGGGAGUAUGGGGGUGUUGUCUCUGGGCCUCUCCUCUGUGUCAUACAGCCGGGACAGUGCGUCUGCCUUCACGUUCUUCGUGUAGCGGAAUACACCAGGAUGUCAUCGAUGUAGACCACUACACCGCGACCAAGCAUGUCCCGAAACACCUCGUUCACAAAGGACUGGAAAACUGAGGGAGCAUUCAUCAAACCAUAGGGCAUCACCAGGUAUUCAUAAUGCCCCGUGGUUGUGCUGAAUGCUGUCUUCCACUCAUCUCCCUCUCGGAUACGCUCCAGGUUGUACGCACCCCUGAGAUCUAAUUUGGUGAAGAAGCGCGCCCCAUGCAUUGAUUCAAUCACUGAAGGAAUGAGGGGGAGAGGAUGACUAAAUCUUAUCUUCUCCCUGUUCAGUGGUCGAUAAUCAAUGCAUGGGCGCAGACCUCCGUCCUUCUUCUUCACAAAGAAGAAACUUGAGGAGGCGGGUGAAGUGGAGUGACGUAUAUACCCCUGGCGCAGGGACUCAGUGACAUAUGUUUCCAUAGCCACCGUUUCAGCCUGUGACAGGGGGUAUAUAUGACUCCUGGGAGGUACAGUGUCUACCCGGAGGUUUAUCACGCAAUCCCCCGCCCGAUGAGGUGGUAAUUUAGUUGCCUGCGUUUUAGAGAACGCUUGCGCCAGAUCGAGGUAUUCAGGGGGAAUGCGCACGGUGGAGGUACUGUCUGGACUUUCAACCAUGGUGACUGGUAUCGUGACUUCCGUAACAAACCCGGACCCUAUUGGUCGACUAUCGAGUGCUCUGUUGGGGAGUGGAAUGGAUAGGGGAACCAAUGAAAUGCCUUGACGGCGUGCAAAUGCCCUGUCCAUAAAGUUCCCAGCUGCGCCUGAAUCGACUAGCGCCUUACACUGGGGAACUACCAUGUGAUCGGGAAAGUGGAUAGGUAGGGUACAGUGCGCAACAGAGGGCUCUGAACAAGUGUGGGUGUUCGAUACCCGGGGUGAUGCGUGAGUGCCCUGCCUGCCGCCUCCAGGCCCAAAAGAAUGUUGACUAUGACGUGUGGUGUACUGUCGCUUCGUGCCACCAGAGUGGCACUGUCGCUGUUCUCCUCCGCUCUCUCGGCUGGUGGAUCCACCCAGCUCCAUCUGCUCGGGAUCCGAGUCGUCCGGGGUGGAAACGGGCAGACCCCUACCAGGACGUCCUCUGGCUGCCAGCAGGUUGUCCAACCGAAUGUCCAUGUCCACCAGUUUAUUAAAGGACAACAUGGUGUCCUGGCAGGCUAGCUCCCGUCGGACGUCCUCCCGCAGAUGGCACCGGAAUUGGUCGAUCAGGGCCCGCUCGUUCCACCCGGACCCCGCUGCCAGUGUCCGAAACUCCAAGGCAAAGUCCUGCGCUGUCCUCGUCCCCUGCCUCAGGUGGACCAGUUGCUCACCCGCCUCUCGACCCUCGGGCGGGUGAUCGAAGACCGCCCGAAAGAGGCGAGUGAACUCCCUGUAGUCAUCCAACACGGCUUCUCCUUCGUUCCACACCACGUUGGCCCACUCCAGGGCUUUCCCACAGAGGCAGGAAACGAGGACGGACACCUUCUCCCGCUCCGAUGGUUCCGGCCUGAUGCUGGCAAAGUAAAGCUCCAAUUGGAGGAGGAAUCCCUGGCACAGCGCCGCCGUCCCAUCAAAUGCCCGUGGUCGGGAUAUCUGGAUCCCUCCGGGUCCUGGGGUGUAGGUGGCUGGAUCCGGUUGGCCAGCUGGUCUCGACAGCAUCGUGGAAUGCUCCUGGACCCGUGCCACGACUACAGGCAUGCGCUCUUCUCCUGCUGACUCCAUGAAAGCAGGUGGGUGAUUCUGUGAUGUAGUGGUGUUGAAGGAGUCAGGCGCAGGAGGGUAAAUCACAGAAUAACAGGCUUUAAUCCGCAAAAUAGAGGGUUACGCAGAAAUGCGUCAAACACACUCCAGGGCACAAAACAGGUGCACUGGAAAAUACAAGGCACACAGGAAAAUACUCCCGUCGAACAAAAUACACCAGCUCCACCGAGCUUCACUAACCUUCACAAUAAACAAUCACCCACAAGGACAAGGGGGCAGAGGGAACACUUAUACACAGACUAAUUAGGGGAUUAGAACCAGGUGUUUGUGAUAACGAGACAAGACAAUUGUGAUGAUGAUUGGGGCGGCAGUGGUUAGUACUCCGGUGACGACGAACGCCGAAGUCUACCCGAACAAGGAGGGGAGGCAGCCUCGGCCGAAGUCGUGACAAGAGCAAGGGAAACAACUACUUCAAGGUCUCAGAGCGAGUGACGUCACCGAUUGAAACACUACUAGCGCGCACCGCUAACUAGCUAGCCAUUUCACACCGGUUACACAUGCGUCCAUAGCUCUGUCUCUGAAUUUGAUAGUGGUUACAUUUCUCCAGCCCCAUCCCUCAGCUUUUUAUUGAAAUGGGCGGAGAAGACCCUUUGUAAUUGUUUCAACUGCUGAUUGCCCCUUUAAAGAGGAAAAGUUGGGGGUCUGACUCAGAUCAGGUGACCGUGUGAGGGAUAAUGAUACUUAAACACUGACCAUCUGUUCUGUUCCAUCCCCACAUAAGCCCCUCUGCCCCUCCUCCGUCUCUCUCUGGCAGAGGACAUGAUCUGAUCUGUGAUAUCUUAUAGAUUACAAUUCCGCCUUAAUUUAUGUACAGGUAACUGCCAAAAUAAAGGAAACACUUGGGUAAAUGAGGGAUACAAAAUAUAUUGAAAGCUGGUGCUUCCACACAUCCCAUCAUGUCAACAAAACACCAAAUGAUGGAAUUUCUCGAGAAAGAAUGGCGUCUCAUCCCACCAAUAGAGUUCCAGACACUUGUCAAAUCUAUGCCAAGGCGCACUGAACACAACCUUGCAGAUCAUCAUGCUGGGUCUGUGUAGUCCAUCUGCUUGGCUGUGGGGCAGGACAUUGUUUGGAUAGUACUCUCCUUAAAUCCCUUUCUAGAUCUUGGAGUAGAUCCCUUUAUUGGAUUGGGACUUGUGGGGAGGAAACUGAGGCUGAAGUCUGACGCUUUACCAUAAUCUCCCCCCCCCCCCCCCCCCCCCUCUCUACUAUAGUGAUACACUAUGUCUUCAUACAUUCAUUAUACUACUAUAGCUUAUCCUUCUAAUCUGUCACAUCACCUUGUUUGACCAGGAUGAUAUGGCCAGGUUUUGGCUGCCUUCCUAUUCCAGCCUGACAUAGAGGCCCAGUGACUGUGUUGCCAGAGAUUUGCAGGAUUAGGAUGCAUUUGGCCAAGGGUUAUUGACUAGCGCUCUAGUGACAGGCUUAUUAUGGCUCCUUACUCCUGUGCACAAAUGUUGACCUAUAUAUGCCAUCAACGUGACAGUGCCUGCCUUCCUUGCCACCCCCACAUGCAGUAGAUAUAUCAACAUUAAAACAAUAUAUCCCUACAUAUAAUAUAUUCAUUAGGAUAUUAGUUGGAUAUUAACCCUGCAUAAUGAACCUCCACAGACAUCUUGUAAAAUGUCUUUACCUCAUUUUCCCAACAGCUGUCUUUGCUCUUGACUGAUUACAGUAAACAGACAAAUGAGGAAGUAUGUGUAUUUGACCAUGCUGUCUUCUCAGGAACAAGUAGAGUACAUCUUCCUGGUCAUCUUCACCAUUGAGACCUUCACUAAGAUCCUGGCCUAUGGCUUGGUUAUGCACCCCAGCGCCUACAUCCGCAGUGGCUGGAAUUUGCUUGAUUUUGUCAUCGUCGUUGUCGGGUAUGUCUCCAUUCCACUUCUGUUACCCCCUCCUUUCUAUUUACGAUGUUUUAGCUGUAUUGUUGUGUGCUGACUGUUUGGUUGUUGUUGUGCGGCUGUUGUUGCAGGUUGUUCAGUGUGGUUGCUGAGGGGACGGCCGACCACAAGCCUGGAGAUUCCCACCAUGCAGCAGGCAAACCAGGAGGACUGGAUGUCAAAGCUCUUAGAGCCUUUAGGGUGCUGCGACCCCUUAGACUGGUGUCUGGAGUGCCCAGUAAGUUUGUGUGUGUGUGUGUGUUUAUGUGUGUGUGUGUUUCAGUAAAACCCAUCUCUCUACUGUGUGUGUGUGUGCGCGCUUGUGUGCAUGUGUGUGUGUUUGUGUGUGCUGUGUGUGUGUGUCCAGGUCUCCAGAUUGUCUUGAACUCCAUCAUGAAAGCCAUGGUUCCCCUGCUCCACAUUGGUCUACUGGUCAUGUUUGUCAUCAUCAUCUAUGCCAUCAUCGGUCUGGAGCUCUUCCUCGGCAGGAUGCACAAGACCUGUUUCUACAUGGGCACUGGUACAAACUCCACUUUUACAACAUAAUAAUAAUAAUAAUAAUAUAAUAAUAAUAAUAAUACAAUUAUACAUAUAUAUACACUGCUCAAUACUGUACAUACACAUCCAAACACUAUAUAACAAUGUUACAUUUCAGUCAUUGUACACAGACAGGGGAAAACAAGUUAGUUACAUACUGUAGAGGUUUGUUAUCAAUUAAUGCUUUGGAAGCCUGGAUUUUAUAUGACAUCUCCAUCUUUUUACAAAGACAAAUACAUUUGUCACAAUGGUUGUCCUCUCUCCCAGAACUGAACGUAGAUGAUGACCCCACACCAUGUGCAUUUGCUGGAAAUGGGCGGGAUUGUGUGGGCAACGGGACAGAGUGCAGAGGACCGUGGGAGGGGCCUAACGGUGGGAUCACCAACUUUGACAACAUCUUUUUUGCCAUGUUGACUGUGUUCCAGUGUAUCACCAUGGAGGGCUGGACCGAUGUGCUCUACUGGGUAACAUCAGCCUCUCUUUUUUUCUUGGCUAAAAUGGUGCCCUAUUCCCUAUAGUGCAUUACUUUUGACCAGAAACCUGUGGGCACUGUGGACCCUGGUCAAAAGUAGUACACUAUUGUACAUAGGAAAAAGGGUGCCAUUUCAGAUGCACACUAGUCCUUUUUUUCUUCCUUUUAGGAUCUUAACUUGUAGGUUAUUUGAGGUUUGAAAAGGCUUCUGAAGUUUGGAAUUUCCACUUUGACAUUUCAGACUUGAUUUUCCCUUACGAAAAAUGUAUCAACCCCUACAAAAAUUAAUUAUAAUCCACAUCAUAAUUCACAUUUCUUGUUGCUGCAGAAUAAUUUUCCUGCUGUAGCAAACUGGCUCAAAUUAAGAUCCGACAUCUGUACUAAUUCUCUCUCUUCAUAUAAAUAUGGAACACACCCACUGGGCACACACUGGUGGAAUCAACGUUGAUUCCAAGUCAUUUCAAUGAAAUGACGUAGAACCAACGUUGAAUAGACGUUGAAUUGACGUCUAUGCCCAGUGGGCAGUGUCUGAUUAACAAUGCUUCAUCUCCCCCUAUCUCUCUCUCUGCAUUCCUUCAGAUGAAUGAUGCAAUUGGCUUUGAGAUGCCCUGGGUGUACUUUGUCUCUCUGGUCAUCUUUGGCUCGUUUUUCGUACUCAACCUUGUAUUGGGAGUGUUGAGCGGGUGAGUGAGUUGAAGUGUGUGUGUAUAUUUGUCUUGUUUUACAUUUGUGUGUGAAGGCCUUGUCCAAGUGUAGGUUGUGUAAUGAUCCUCUAUAUGUGUUUGUGUGUGCGUUUGUGUGUGCGUCUGUGUGUGCAUGUCUGUGUGCGCAGAGAGUUCUCCAAGGAAAGAGAGAAGGCUGUGGCUCGUGGAGAGCUGCAGGACGCCCAGAAUAAGAAGCAGAUGGAGGAGGAUAUGUGUGGCUACAUGGACUGGCUCAUCGAGGCCGAGGAUGUGGAUGAGGAAGGAAACAAGCGUAUGGUUAACUGACUGACUGACACAUAUAAAUGUACCCACACACAAACCUCGCACCCAUAUAGUCAACCUUUGUGUCUCCUAACAAGGUGCUGCUGUUGCCAAGAAGAAAAUGAUGAAGAAGUUUGGCUGGUAUAAACACAGCGAGGACGGAGGUAUGAUGAUCUGUCUCUCUCUCACUGUUACUGUCUGUGUACUUGUACUACUUGACUCUCUGUAAUCUUAGAUGGAAAGCUACUGAGGAUGGAAGCUGACUCUAUAGCCAGUCCUGUCUGUCAUAUCUUUAAUCUGUGCCUAGAGGACAGUGUUUGUCCUCAGGCCUGGAGGGAAGCCAAAGUCAUUCCGCUAUCAGCUUGCUGCCAGCUCUUAGCAAACUAUUGGACAAAGAUGUUGUUUGACCAAAUACAAUGCUAUUUCAAGUUAAGCUGCAGCUGGCCCAGAACAGAGUGGCACGUUUUGCUCUUCAUUGUAAUCAGAGGGCUAAUAACAAUACUAUGCAUGCAAGUCUCUCUUGGACUGACUGCAUUGCUUCUUUUUUUAUUAAGAAACAUUAAUUCCAAAUUGUUUGCAUAGUCAACUUACACACAGCACUGACACACACUUACCCCACCAGACAUGCCUCCAGGGGUCUUUUCACAGUCCCCAGGUCCAGAACAAAUUCAAUGAAAUGUACAGUACUAUAUACAGUAGAGCCAUGAUUGCAUGCAACUCCCUUCUGUCUCAUAUAGCGCAAGUGAACAACAAACCUGGUUAAAAAACAAACAAAUAAAGCAACACCUCACGGCACAACGCCUCUCCCUUAUGUGACCUACUUUUUGUGUGUAUGUAUUGACAUGUAUAUGUAACUGAUACACACACACACAAACACACACACUACAUGUUAAUGUUUUUAAAUGUAUGUAAAUUAUAAAGUAUUUUGCCUGUUAUUGUUCGUUAUGUGUCGGAUCCCAGUAAGACUAGCUGUCGCCAUUGGUGUCGGCUAAUGGGGAUCCUAAUAAAAUCAUCAACAACAAAAAAAUCAAAUCUAUGGCUCUGCUAUGUGUUCAACAGAAUCGGAUUCAGACUCUGAAUUUGGAGCAUAUUUAGACGACGACAAUGGCUGCUGCGCAUCUCUUAUGUAAGGAAAUAAACAAAUGUAUUUGAUUUACAUGUUCAUUUUCUGUUAAUUAGAUGUCAUUGCUAUCAAUGGUGUCAUGUAAUGGUUCUUUCUCCUUUUUUGUAGGGCUAAAAUGAUGGCCAACAGUUUCUGGUAAGUUGAGCAGGAUACCUCUAAGAAUAUACACAAUGUUUUAUUUUCAGUUUAAAAAAAGAAUGUACACUACACUACAGACCUUUGACAAAGCCUGUUUCUGACCCUUCCACUCCUGACCCUUCCACUCGAUAUAACAUGUCUGCUGUUUCUCUCUUCACUCAGUGACCAGCUAUGCCAACUGAACCAUGCCUUCCGAAAAAACUGUCGUGUAGCAGUCAAAUCCCAGAACUUCUAUUGGCUGGUGCUUCUUCUGGUUUUUCUCAACACUGCAGCCAGCGCCUCUGAACACUACGGCCAGCCCAAGUGGCUCACCGAGAUGCAGGGUCAGGAUUCACUCUCUCUACAUCUGUCUGUUCUACUUUCUCUCUCCACCUACUUGUAUCUGUUAUUUUCUGUUUACUUCCACAUGUCCUCCCCCCCUCUCUUUUUCUCUAGGUCAUUUUCUCCAUAAUUCAGCAGGUUGAAAUGGUGACAUAGACAUCAGGAACAAUAAAUAAAUACAUAAAUCAAUACAAUAAUAACCUUUAUCAAUAACCUUUAUUUUCUCUUGUCUUUCCUUCAGAGCGGGCCAAUAAGAUCCUGUUGAUGUUGUUCACGCUGGAGAUGCUGUUGAAGAUGUACAGUUUCGGUUUCCAGAUCCACUUCUUGGCUCUGUUUAACCGCUUCGACUGCUUCGUGGUGUGUGGUGGCAUCCUGGAGACGGUCCUGGUUGAGUUGCAGAUCAUCCCUCCCAUCGGCAUCUCUGUGCUGCGCUGUGUCCGCCUGCUCAGGGUGUUCAAAGUGACACGGUAGGUAACUGCUGGCCUGGUCCCAGAUUUGUUUGUUCUAUCUUUCUAGCUUCAGUAGUUUGGUCCUAGAUCUGUUUGUGUUCUCUUGCUCAUAUUGUCUAUGGUCUUGCUAGCUUGGUCAGAGGUCUUGCUAGCUUGAUCCCAGAUGUGUUUGUGCUGUCUUCCUAGCUUGGUCCCAGAUGUGUUUGUGCUGUCUUCCUAGCUUGUUCCCAGAUGUGUUUGUGCUGUCUUGCUAGCUUGGUCCCAGAUCGGUUUGUGUCGUCUUCCUAGCUUGAUCCCAGAUGUGUUUGUGCUGUCUUGCUAGCUUGGUCCCAGAUCGGUUUGUGUCGUCUUCCUAGCUUGAUCCCAGAUGUGUUUGUGCUCUCUUCCUAGCUUGGUCCCAGAUGUGUUUGUGCUGUCUUCCUAGCUUGGUCACAGAUCUGUUUGGGCUGUCUUGCUAUCCUGGUCCCACAUCUUUCCAGAAUACGCUGCUAUGCAAAUCAAAUGUACUUCUGAAAUAACUAUCUGGAAUGUCACUCUCUGCAAUUGAUUAAAUACAUUUAAUGCAUGAAUUCCGUAUGGAAGGCUACUGUAUACCUUGAUUCUUUACCUUCAAACACUCCCCUGUUUAGGCACUGGGCAGCCCUGUCAAACCUGGUCAAUUCGCUGCUCAACUCCAUGAAGGCUAUCUGCUCCCUGCUGCUCCUGCUCUUCCUCUUCCUCAUCAUCUUCUCCCUGCUGGGGAUGCAGCUGUUUGGGGGCAAAUUCAACUUUGAUGAGACUCAGAUGAAGAGGAGCACGUUUGACACUUUCCCCCAGGCCCUGCUCACCUGCUUCCAGGUGACUUAUACUUCUAAUACCCCUCACACUACUAUCAUGUUCUACAUGCAUGUGCUUUUCCUUACAAACCGCCCUCUUUCUGUCUGUCUGUCUCGCUCGCUCUCUCUCUCUCUUAUCUCUCUUCUCUUCUCGUCUCUAUCUCUCUAUCUAUCUCUCUCCUCUCUCCUCUCUCUCUCUCUCUGCUGCCCCCCCCCCCCUCUCCCUCUCUCUCUCUCCCUCUAACCCUUUCUCCUCUGUAGAUCCUUACAGGAGAGGACUGGAAUGCAGUAAUGUAUGAUGGGAUCAUGGCUUAUGGCGGGCCAGUCUUCCCACAGAUGAUCGUGUGCAUCUACUUUGUCUCCCUCUUUGUUGUCGGUAACUGUAUCCUUUCUGUUUACCAAGACAGAGCGUUGGUUAAUCUAUAAUCCGCAUUUGUACAAAGCCAUUCAAUGUACACAAACCUCUAUCAAGAGGUACUCUAGAAGAUACAAACUGUACUCUACAAGAUCUGUAUUCACUGAUGUUCUCAAGCUCUUGGUCAGUUCCUUAAUAUCUCUUGAUCAGAUAUCCUGCUCAAUGUCUUCUUGGCUAUCGCUGUGGACAACUUGGCAGGAGAUGGUGGAAAAAAGAAAGUAGAGUAAGUAUCACAAAAAGCAGACAAAGAAAAGCUAUCAUUUGAUGGUCUGGGCUUAGUACUGGACAUAGCUAAGUAGCAUCAGUAAUAAAGAUGAUAUGUAGAUGGCGAACCAAGACCAAGUGCUGAACGAAUGGUUUUGCAGAGAGAAAAAGGAGGAGGAAGAGGACUGGGACGAAGAUGAUGACAAAGAGGAAGAUGCGGCGGUAUGUACCUACAGUGAGGGAAAAAAGUAUUUGAUCCCCUGCUGAUUUUGUACGUUUGCCCACUGACAAAGACAUGAGCGACAGAAUAACAACAAAAAAAUCCAGAAAAACGCAUGUCAAGAAUGUUAUAAAUUCAUUUGCAUUUUAAUGAGGGAAAAAAGUUUUGGACCCCUCUGCAAACAUGACUUAGUACUUGGUGGCAAAACCCUUGUUGGCAAUCACAAAGGUCAGAUGUUUCUUGUAGUUGGCCACCAGGUUUGCACACAUCUCAGGAGGGAUUUUGUCCCACUCCUCUUUGCAGAUCUUCUCCAAGUCAUUAAGGUUUCGAGGCUGACGUUUGGCAACUCGAACCUUCAGCUCCCUCCACAGAUUUUCUAUGGGAUUAAGGUCUGGAGACUGGCUAGGCCACUCCAGGACCUUAAUGUGCUUCUUCUCCUUUGUUGCCUUGGCCGUGUGUUUUGGGUCAUUGUCAUGCUGGAAUACCCAUCCAUAACCCAUUUUCAAUGUCCUGGCUGAGGGAAGGAGGUUCUCACCCAAGAUUUGACGGUACAUGGCCCCGUCCAUCGUCCCUUUGAUGCGGUGAAGUUGUCCUGUCCCAUUAGCAGAAAAACACCCCUAAAUAUUAAUGUUUCCACCUCCAUGUUUGACGGUGGGGAUGGUAUUCUUGGGGUCAUAGGCAGCAUUCCUCCUCCUCCAAACACGGCGAGUUGAGUUGAUGCCAAAGAGCUCGAUUUUGGUCUCAUCUGACCACAACACUUUCACCCAAUUCUCCUCUGAAUCAUUCAGAUGUUCAUUGGCAAACUUUAGACGGGCCUGUAUAUGUGCUUUCUUGAGCAGGGGGACCUUGCAGGAUUUCAGUCCUUCACGGCGUAGUGUGUUACCAAUUGUUUUCUUGGUGACUAUGGUCCCAGCUGCCUUGAGAUCAUUGACAAGAUCCUCCCGUGUAGUUCUGGGCUGAUUCCUCACUGUUCUCAUGAUCAUUGCAGCUCCACGAGGUGAGAUCUUGCAUGGAGCCCCAGGCCGAGGGAGAUUGACAGUUAUUUUGUGUUUCUUCCAUUUGCCAAUAAGCGCGCCCAUUCCAGCCUUGUGUAGGUCUACAAUAUUGUCCCUGACAUCCUUGGAGAGCUCUUUGGUCUUGGCCAUGGUGGAGUGUUUGGAAUCUGAUUGAUUGAUUGCUUCUGUGGACAGGUGUCUUUUAUACAGGUAACAAACUGAGAUUAGGAGCACUCCCUUUAAGGGUGUGCUCCUAAUCUCAGCUCGUUACCUGUAUAAAAGACACCUGGGAGCCAGAAAUCUUUCUGAUUGAGAGGGGGUCAAAUACUUAUUUCCCUCAUUAAAAUACAAAUCCAUUUAUAACAUUUUUGACAUGCGUUUUUGUUGUUGUUAUUCUGUCUCUCACUGUUCAAAUAAACCUACCAUUAAAAUUAUAGGCUGAUCAUUUCUUUGUCAGUGGGCAAACGUACAAAAUCAGCAGGGGAUCAAAUACAUUUUUUCCCUCACUGUAGAUGUUGUUUCAGGGGACAAAUACACUGCAAUAUUUUCUACAGCAGCUACCUUCUCCAAAUGAUAAUGGUUCAUGAGUGUCUGUGAUCCUCAGUGUUUUAAAGAUAAAAUAUAUUAUCAUGUUUGCAUUUCUUUUGCUCACUCUUUCCUUGUCAGAAUGAGAUGGAUGACUGGGAGGAGAACGAGGAGUUGAGAGCCAUCGAGGGUCUGGAGGGUAAGUGUCGUUCCAUACACCUCAGAGAGAUUCUCAUCAGACUGUGUGACACAUUCAAUGUUCUCUAAAUCCGCUGAUCUGAUUAACUCCCGUCUCUCUCUAGGAAUUAUGCCUGUGAAGCCUGAAUUUUCCGCUCCAAAAGAGAAGAUUGAACCCAUUCCAGAUGGUAGCUCCUUCUUCAUUCUUGGAAAGAGAAACUGGUAAGUCACAGCCACAGAGCCGUAUGGGCCCUGGUCAAAAGUAGUGCACUAUAUAGGGAAUUGUGUGCCAUUUCAGAGCACCCAUAUAAUUAGCAUGGUCUCUCCUCUCCCCUCAGCCUCCGAGUGGCCUGUCACAACCUCAUCCACCACUCCUACUUCACCAACCUCAUCCUCGUCUUCAUCAUCGCCAGUAGCAUUUCUCUGGCUGCUGAGGAUCCAAUCAGAGCUCACUCCUUUAGGAACAACGUAAGGCAAACAGACAAAGAAACAAAAUACCCUCUCCUCGGCCAACAGUCAGUCCCGACCUCACAACCAAGCACUACCGCCCAAUCAAUAUACAGUCCAUCCACAUUUUGUAACAUUACAGCCUUAUUCUAAAAUGGAUUAAAUCCUUUUUUCCCCUCAUCAAUCUACACACAAUACCCAUAAUGACAAAGCAAAAACAGGUUUUUAGAUUUUUUUGCAAAUGUAUUACAAAGAAAAAACUAAAAUAUCACAUUUACAUAAGUAUUCAUACCCUUUACUCAGUACUUUGUUGAAGCACCUUUGGCAGCUAUUACAGCCUCGAGUCUUCUUGGGUAUGACACUAUAAGCUUGGCACACCCGUAUUUGGGGAGUUUCUCCCAUUCUCUGCAGAUCCUCUCAAGCUCUGUCAGGUUGGAUGGGGAGCGUCGCUGCACAGCUAUUUUCAGGUUUCUCCAGAUCGGGUUCAAGUCCGGGCUCUGGCUGGGCCACUCAAGGACAUUCAGAGACUUGUCCCGAAGUCACUCCUGCAUUGUCUUGGCUGUGUGAUUAGGGUCGUUGUCCUGUUGGAAGGUGAACCUUCGCCCCAGUCUGAGGUCCUGAGCGCUCUGGAGCAGGUUUUCAUCAAGGAUCUCUCUGUACUUUGCUCUGUUCAUCUUUCCCACAAUCCUGACUAGUUUCCCAGUCCCUGCCGCUGAAAAACAUCCCCACGGCAUGAUGCUGCCACCACCAUGCUUCACCGUAGGGAUGGUGCCAGGUUUCCUCCGGACGUGACGCUUGGCAUUCAAGCCAAAGAGUUCAAUCUUGGUUUCAUCAGACCAGAGAAUCUUGUUUCUCAUGGUCUGAGAGUCCUUUAGGUGCCUUUUGGAAAGCUCCAAGUGGGCUGUCAUGUGCCUUUUACUGAGGAGUGGCUUCCGUCUGGCCACUCUACCAUAAAGGCCUUAUUGGUGGAGUGCUGCAGAGAUUGUUGUCCUUCUGGAAGGUUAUCCCUUCUCCAUAGAGGAACUCUGGAGCUCUGUCAGAGUGACCAUCGGGUUCUUGGUCACCUCCCUGACCAAGGCCCUUCUCCCCCGAUUGCUCAGUUUGGCCAGCCGGCAGUCAGCUCUAGGAAGAGUCUUGGUGGUUCUAAACUUCUUCCAUUUAAGAAUGAUGGAGGCCACUGUGUUCUUGGGGACCUUCAAUGCUGCAGAAUUUAUUUUAUACUCUUACCCAGAUAUGUGCGUCGACACAAUUCUGUCUCGGAGCUCUACGGACAAUUCCUUCAACCUCAUGGCUUGGAUUUUUGCUCUGAAAUGCACUGUCAGCUGUGGGACCUUAUAUAGACAGGUGUGUGCCUUUCCAAAUCAUGUCCAAUCAAUUGAGUUUACCACAGGUGGACUCCAAUCAAGUUAUAGAAACAUCUCAAGGAUGAUCAAUGGAAACAGGAUGCACCUGAGCUCAAUUUCGAGUCUCAUAGUAAAGGGUCUGAAUACUUAUGUAAAUAAGGUAUUUCUGUUUUUUGUAUACAUUUGCUAAAAUUUCUAAAAACCUGUUUUUGCUUUGUCAUUAUGGGGUAUUGUGUGCAGAUUGAUGAGGAUUUUUAUUUAUUUAAUCCAUUUUAGAAUAAGGCUGUAACGUAACAAAAUGUGGAAAAAGUAAUGAGGUCUGAAUACUUUCCGAAUGCACUGUAUAACUGUCAUUGAAUCUACUGUUCACACUCUCACCCAACUCUGCCAUACAUCUACCGUCACUGCUCAACAGUUUCAACCAAAGCUACUGUUCUCAUACUCACUCACCUUACACCGGCCACCAACAAAUAGGGUUUCUAUAUGGCUGGCAUAAUCCUGAUUUAGGAUAUCUUGUCUAUCCUCAGAUGCUUGGCUAUGCUGACUAUGCAUUCACCUCCAUAUUCACUGUGGAAAUCAUACUGAAGGUAAAAUGUGACCAGAUAUGAAUAUAUACUUCAUUUUGGAAUGUUCCUUCAUUAUGAAUUGACAAUGUUCUGCAUAGGCUAUCUUCCCUGCUGCCAGUAGCUCUAUUAGGCUGGUGGGAGGAGCUAUAAGAGGACAGACUCAUUGUAAUGUCUGCACUGAUAUAAAUGGAACGGUAUCAAACACAUCAAACAUAUGGAAACCGCGUUUGAUUCCGUUCCAUUUAUUCCAUUCCGGCCAUUACAAUGAGCCCAUCCUCCUAUCACUCCUCCCACCAGCCUCCACUGAGCUUUAUGUCCAUCUAUAAACGUAUAUAGUAGUGCACAUGGCAUUGUAAGUGCCAUUUAGAAUCACCCUUAACUCUUGUGAUUUUUCUCCCUCUCUAGGUGACAGUUUUCGGUGCGUUCCUUCAUCCUGGAUCGUUCUGUAGGAACGCCUUUAACCUCCUGGACCUGCUGGUCGUCAGUGUGUCGCUCGCAUCCUUCUUCCUCCAGUGAGUAUCUGUCAGAAUGUUAGCCAAGCAGGCUCAAACCUCCAGCUUUAAAGCUUGUGCCUGAGAUCAAGCAGGGGAUCCAUUGACAAUAUGGUACAAUAACUAUCAACCAACCUUUCCUUGACGAUACUGCCUUCCAGAGAAUAUUCAGAAAAAUAUUAAAUCCACUUUUUGUAUCGAGCAGGGUUGGGUAGGUUGCUUUCUAAAUGUAAUCCAUUGCAGUUACUAGUUACCUGUCCGAAAUUGUAAUCAGUAAUGGAACUUUUGGAUUACCCAAUCUCAGUAACUUAAUAUGAUUACUCUCAGUUACUUUUGAAAUGUAUGACUAAUGAAAAUAUAAAAUUGAAAAAGGAUCCAUCAAACACAUUUCGUGUGUCAUCACAGUGGUCUCUGACUUGUGUUCAGACUCGCUCAGGUGGAACAAACUUAAACUUGCGCCUUUUGUUAGUGCUGAAAUGAAUGUCAUUGAGAAAACAGAAAGAUGUCAUUAUGUAUAUUUUCACAAACAUCCCCUCUGAAUUGAAAAGUAAUCCAAGAAGUAAUCUUCUUGUAUCUGUAAUCUGAUUACAAUAUCUUUGCUGGUAAUGUAACAGAUUAGUUACUCCUCAACCCUGGUAUCGCGUGAGAAAUGGCCUCUCACGUGUGUAAAUAUGUGUUUGUGUUGUUUGGGUCGCUCUGCGUGAUGUGCUGUCAUCAUCUUCUACAUGUGGCCACAUUGCUUAGAAAUGACUAGUUCCUGCAAAGAUGUUGUGAAAUGCCAGAUGUCCAGCAACUCAGAUGGUGAGGAACCUCCUCACGAGGUGCAAAAAGUGGAUUUAAUAUUUCUCUGAAUAUUCUCUGGUUUUUGGAGUUCCACCUGCAACUGGAAACAGAAGUUUGUAAGACACCGGCGCCUUCAGAAACUCUUGAUUCUGUCCUGAAAGGGACAUUGGAAGGAUGAUGAACUUUAAGGGAAGAGCAGUUCAUCAUCCUUCCAAUGUCCCUUUCAGGACAUAAUCAAUUCAACUCAAUUCAAACUUUAUUGUCCUCGCAAAUGGGAAAUGUAGGCCCUAUUGCGUAGCCAGAUUAUGUAUUGUAAGACACAAUAAAUACAGUAUACAUAACAAUACGCACACACACAUGCACACACAGACACAGACACACACAGACACACACACACACACCGAUAGCUGAUCAAAUCUUACUCCAUGGACAGUAUUGGCCCUGAUUAUAUUGACAUAAUACUGUAACAGCACUCUCUGCAGGUCAGACAAGAACAGGGCUUUGUGGUUCAUUCUCACACUCUUAUCUGCUUCUCUUAUACUCUCAGUUCCAGCGCUAUCUCUGUGGUCAAGAUUUUCAGGGUACUCAAAGUGCUCAGGCCUCUUCGAGCCAUCAACAGAGCCAAGGGACUCAAGGUAAUCAUUUGACCACUUUGACCACCUCUCUCUCUCUCUCUCUCUCUCUCUCUCUCUCUCUCUCUCUCUCUCUCUCUCUCUCUCUCUCUCUCUCUCUCUCUCUCUCUCUCUCUUUAUCUCUCUUCUCUCUCUCUCUCAAAUAACUGUGCAAACGUGGUCUUGUGUCUCUGCUUUUGUUGACAGAAUGUAGUGCAGUGCGUGUUUGUGGCAAUCAAAACCAUCGGAAACAUCUUGAUCGUCACAACGCUCCUCCAGUUCAUGUUUGCUUGUAUUGGAGUGCAGCUCUUCAAGGUACUUGGUCAUUGCUUUUUGCAGUACUUUGAAAACACUCCGUGUUGUGUCUUCUCAUUAUAAAGUCAUGUGUUUUUCUGCUCUGUGUAUUACAGGGCAGAUUCUACAGUUGCACUGAUGAAGCUAAACACACUCCAUAUGAGUGCAUGUAAGACUUACUUUUUUGUAAUUUAUUUGUCUUUCUCUAAGCCAAACACCUCACUCAAAUUCCUGUCAUUACAUGCUACAGUAUACAGUGGGGAAACAAAGUAUUUAGUCAGCCACCAAUUGUGCAAGUUCUCCCACUUAAAAAGAUGAGAGAGGCCUGUAAUUUUCAUCAUAGGUACACGUCAACUAUGACAGACAAAUUGAGGGAAAAAAAUCCAGAAAAUCACAUUGUAGGAUUUUUAAUGAAUUUAUUUGCAAAUUAUGGUGGAAAAUAAGUAUUUGGUCACCUACAAACAAGCAAGAUUUCUGGCUCUCACAGACCUGUAACUUCUUCUUUAAGAGGCUCCUCUGUCCUCCACACGUUACCUGUAUUAAUGGCACCUGUUUGAACUUGUUAUCAGUAUAAAAGACACCUGUCCACAACCUCAAACAGUCACACUCCAAACUCCACUAUGGCCAAGACCAAAGAGCUGUCAAAGGACACCAGAAACAAAAUUGUAGACCUGCACCAGGCUGGGAAGACUGAAUCUGCAAUAGGUACGCAGCUUGGUUUGAAGAAAUCAACUGUGGGAGCAAUUAUUAGGAAAUGGAAGACAUACAAGACCACUGAUAAUCUCCCUCGAUCUGGGGCUCCACGCAAGAUCUCACCCCGUGGGGUCAAAAUGAUCACAAGAACGGUUAGCAAAAAUCCCAGAACCACACGGGGGGGACCUAGUGAAUGACCUGCAGAGAGCUGGGACCAAAGUAACAAAGCCUACCAUCAGUAACACACUACGCCGCCAGGGACUCAAAUCCUGCAGUGCCAGACGUGUCCCCCUGCUUAAGCCAGUACAUGUCCAGGCCCGUCUGAAGUUUGCUAGAGUGCAUUUGGAUGAUCCAGAAGAGGAUUGGGAGAAUGUCAUAUGGUCAGAUGAAACCAAAAUAGAACUUUUUGGUAAAAACUCAACUCGUCGUGUUUGGAGGACAAAGAAUGCUGAGUUGCAUCCAAAGAACACCAUACCUACUGUGAAGCAUGGGGGUGGAAACAUCAUGCUUUGGGGCUGUUUUUCUGCAAAGGGACCAGGACGACUGAUCCGUGUAAAGGAAAGAAUGAAUGGGGCCAUGUAUCGUGAGAUUUUGAGUGAAAACCUCCUUCCAUCAGCAAGGGCAUUGAAGAUGAAACGUGGCUGGGUCUUUCAGCAUGACAAUGAUCCCAAACACACCGCCCGGGCAACGAAGGAGUGGCUUCGUAAGAAGCAUUUCAAGGUCCUGGAGUGGCCUAGCCAGUCUCCAGAUCUCAACCCCAUAGAAAAUCUUUGGAGGGAGUUGAAAGUCCGUGUUGCCCAGCGACAGCCCCAAAACAUCACUGCUCUAGAGGAGAUCUGCAUGGAGGAAUGGGCCAAAAUACCAGCAACAGUGUGUGAAAACCUUGUGAAGACUUACAGAAAACGUUUGACCUGUGUCAUUGCCAACAAAGGGUAUAUAACAAAGUAUUGAGAAACUUUUGUUAUUGACCAAAUACUUAUUUUCCACCAUAAUUUGCAAAUAAAUUCAUUAAUAAUCCUACAAUGUGAUUUUCUGGAUUUCUUUUCUCAUUUUGUCUGUCAUAGUUGACGUGUACCUAUGAUGAAAAUUACAGGCCUCUCUCAUCUUUUUAAGUGGGAGAACUUGCACAAUUGGUGGCUGACUAAAUACUUUUUUCCCCCACUGUAUGUGAUUACUAAUAAGCAUAGCUUUAUUUGUGUGUGUGUGUGUGUGUGUGUGUGUGUUUUGUGCUUUAGGGGGACAUUUGUGGUGUAUAAGGACGGGGAUAUGAAUCACCCUAUGGUGAGAGAGAGGAUAUGGCAAAACAGUGAAUUCAACUUUGACAAUGUGCUGCAGGGCAUGCUGGCCCUGUUCACUGUGUCUACAUUUGAAGGCUGGCCACAGUGAGUACCAAGACCAUGCAUUAGUACAUAUGCUGACCAUCUGUUUAUAUAGGGAAGCUGUUGUUGUUGUUGUUGUUUUCAUCUCUCCCAUUAUAAACUCUUAGGCUGCUGUACAAGGCCAUCGACGCUAAUGCUGCGAACCACGGCCCUAUUUACAACUACCGCGUGGAAAUCUCCAUAUUCUUCAUCAUCUACAUCAUCAUCAUCGCCUUCUUCAUGAUGAACAUCUUCGUGGGUUUCGUCAUCAUCACUUUCCGUGAACAGGGAGAAUCCGAGUUCAAAAACUGUGAACUGAACAAAAAUCAAGUUAGUUAUUUUCCUUGAUUAUUAUGACGUUCAUCACAAUCACAAAGCUACUGUACCUUAUUAUCACGUGAAAGGCAUUCAGUCUACUGAGAAUGCGAGUGAUCACUUCACUUCCCAUCUUCACUGUGUCUCCUGUCCUGCCCUCCACAGAGACAAUGUGUACAGUACGCUCUGAAAGCCAAGCCCAUCAAGAUAUAUAUUCCCAGAAACCCGUCCCAGCUAAAGUUCUGGAAGAUCAUCGCCUCCAGCCAGUUUGAGUACAUCAUGUUUGUCUUAAUUCUUCUCAACACCCUCACCUUGGCUGUGCAGGUACAAUACUGCAGUUCCUACUACACCUAGUCAUAAUGUAUGCAUAAUGUACACUGAACAGAAAUAUAAACGCAACAUAUAAAGUGUUGGUCCCAUGUUUCAUGAGCUGAAAUAAAAGAUCCCAGACAUUUUCCAUACGCACAAAAAGCUUAUUUCUCUCACAUUUUAUGCACAAAUGUAUUUACAUCCCUGUUAGUGAGCAUUUCUCCUUUGCCAACUGCAGGAAUAUCCACCAGAGCUGUUGCCAGAGAAUUGAAUGUUCAUGUUCCUAUCAUAAGCCACCACCAACUUCGUUUUAGAGAAUUUGGCAGUAGGUCCAACUGGCCUCACAACUGCAGACCACAUGUAUGGCGUCAUGUGGGUGAGCGGUUUGCUGAUAUCAACGUUGUGAACAGAGUGGCCCAUGAUGGCGGUAGGGUUAUGGUGUGGGCAGGCAUAAGCUACGGACAACUAACACAAUUGCAUUUUAUCAAUGGCAAUUUGAAUGCACAGAGAUAACGUGACGAGAUCCUGAGGCCCAUUGUCGUGCCAUUCAUCCGCCGCCAUCACCUCAUGUUUCAGCAUGAUAAUGCACAGCCCCAUGCCGCAAGGAUCUGUACACAAUUUCUGGAAGCUGAAAAUGUCCCAGUUCUUCCAUGGCCUGCAUACUCACCAGACAUGUCACCCAUUGAGCAUGUUUGGGAUGCUCUGGAUCGACAUGUACGAAAUUGUGCUCCAGUUCCUGCCAAUAUCCAGCAACUUUGCACAUACAUUGAAGAGGAGUGGGACAACAUUCCACAGGCCACAAUCAACAGCCUAAUCACCUCUAUGCGAAGGAGAUGUGUCGCGCUGCAUGAGGCAAAUGGUGGUCACACCAGAUACUGACUGGUUUUCUGAUACACGCCCCUACCUUUUUUUUAAGGUAUCUGUGACCAACAGAUGCAUAUCUGUAUUCCCAGUCAUGUGACAUCCAUAGAUCAGGGCCUAAUGAAUGUAUUUCUGUCACGAUCGUCUGGGUAAGGAGUAGUAGACCAAGGCGCAGCGUGUGAAAUAAACAUGACUUUAUUUAAUUAAAGCACGAAAACCAAAACAAAACACGAUUCAUGAAGUCCACGGUUAAACAUACCGUCACGGAACAAAAACCCACAACCACAAGGUGAAAACACACAGUUUAAAUAUGGCUCCCAAUCAGAGAUAACGAGCCGACAGCUGACACUCGUUACCUCCGAUUGGGAGUCAUUGACCAAACCAAGACAACACAACCAAAGACAACCAACCAAAACACAACAAAACGAACACACCCUGGCUCAACAUACAAAGUCCCGGAGCCAGAGCGUGACAGUACCCCCCCCUAAAGGCGCGGACUGCGACCGCGCCUCAAAAACCCCAAACAGGGGAGGGCUGGGUGGGUGUUGCUCCUCGGAGGCGGCUCCGGCUCCGGGCUUGACCACCACCCCUCUUCAAUCCCCCCGUAGCGCCCCCAGUCCGAUCUGACCCAGCUGGUAGGAUUUGGACUGACGACGCACACACCUGGCUUGGCGCGUGAGGCAGGAACGGACCGGACCUGGCCGACGAUACGCACCCUAGACUUGAUGCGUGGAUUCGGAACGACCCUCACCAGGCUGACGACUCGUAUCCCUGGCUUGGUGCGAGUAGCAGGAAUGGGCUGGAUCCGGCUGACGGCUCGCACCCUUGGCUUGGUGCGAGUAGCAGGGACGAGCUGAACCAGGCUGACGACUCGCACCCUUGGCUUGGUGCGAGUAGCAGGAACGGGCUGAACCAGGCUGACGACUCGCACCCUUGGCUUGGUGCGAGUAGCAGGAACGGGCUGGACCAGGCCGACGACUCGUACCCCUGGCUUGGUGCGAGUAGCAGGAACAGGCUGGACCAGGUUGACGACUCGCACCCUUGUCUUGGUGCGAGUAGCAGGAACGGGCUGGACCAGGCUGGCGACUCGCACCCCUGGUUUGGUGCGAGUGGCAGGAACAGGCCGGGCUGGGCUGGCGACGCACACCUUAGCCUUAGUACGUGGAGCAGGAACAGGCCGGGCUGGGCUGGCGACGCACACCGUAGGCUUCGUACGUGGAGCAGGAACAGGCCGGGCUGGGCUGGCGACGCACCCCGUAGGCUUGGUGCGUGGAGCAGGAACAGGUCGGGCUGGGCUGGCGACGCACACCGUAGGCUUCUUACGUGGAGCAGGAACAGGCCGGGCUGGGCUGGCGACGCACACCGUAGGCUUCUUACGUGGAGCAGGAACAGGCCGGGCUGGGCUGGCGACGCACACCGUAGGCUUCUUACGUGGAGCAGGAACAGGCCGGGUCGGGCUGGCGACGCGCACCGUAGACUUGGUGCGGGUGGCUGGAACAGGCCGGACCGGGCUGGCGACGCGCACCGUAGACUUGGUGCGGGUGGCAGGAACAGGCCGGGUCGGGCUGGCGACGCGCACCGUAGACUUGGUGCGGGUGGCAGGAACAGGCCGGACCGGGCUGGCGACGCGCACCGUAGGUUUGGUGCGAGUGGCAGGAACAGGCCGGGUCGGGCUGGCGACGCGCACCGUACACUUGGUGCGGGUGGCAGGAACAGGCCGGGCUGGGCUGACAACGCACACCGUAGGUUCUGUGCGUGGAGCAGGAACAGGCCGGGCUGGGCUGGCGACGCACACCGUAGGUUUAGUGCGUGGAGCAGGAACAGGCCGGGCUGGGCUGGCAACGCACCCCGUAGGCUUAGUACGUGGAGCAGGAACCGGCCGGGCUGGACUGGCGACGCACACCGUGGGCUUGGUGCGUGGAGUAGGAACAGGCCGGUCCGUACUGGGAACACACACCACUGGCCUUAACCGGGGAUCAGGAACGGGCCGGACCGGACUGGUAACACACCUCAGUCUCUCACGCCGUGCCUCCACUACUUCCCUCCCUCUACUCGCCAAUGGCUCCCGUAAUCCGGUAGCCUUCUCUCCACGUCUCCCUGUGGCAGCCUCCUGCUGCCCAGCCGCCCAAGCCAUGUGCCCCCCCCAAAAAACUUUUUGGGGUUGCUUCUCGUCCUUCCGACGAUGACCCUGCUGACGCCGUUGCUCCUCUCUCGCCAGGGCCUUGAUCCUCCCCCAAGGUCCCUUGCCCCCGAGCAUGUCCUCCCAGGACCACGAUUUGCCCACCUGGGCCAUCGCCAGCCUCUCGAUCUCCUUACCCGGCGCUUCCUCCCAUGUCCAGUCUCCUUGCUCCUGGACACGCUGCUUGGUCCUUCUUUGGUGGUCUGGGUAAGGAGUAGUAGACCACGAUCGUCUGGGUAAGGAGUAGUAGACCAAGGCGCAGCGUGUGAAAUAAACAUGACUUUAUUUAAUUAAAGCACGAAAACCAAAACAAAACACGAUUCAUGAAGUCCACGGUUAAACAUACCGUCACGGAACAAAAACCCACAACCACAAGGUGAAAACACACAGUUUAAAUAUGGCUCCCAAUCAGAGAUAACGAGCCGACAGCUGACACUCGUUACCUCCGAUUGGGAGUCAUUGACCAAACCAAGACAACACAACCAAAGACAACCAACCAAAACACAACAAAACGAACACACCCUGGCUCAACAUACAAAGUCCCGGAGCCAGAGCGUGACAAUUUCAAUUGACUUAUUUCCUUAUAUGAACCGUAACUCAGUAAAAUCUUAAAAAUUGUUGCAUGUUGCUUUUACAUUUUUGUUCAGUAUAUAUUACAACAGGAAUAAGAUUGUAAAGUGUUUUUUAGAAAGUGAUUAGAAAUACUUUAAAUAGUUUAUCAUGAGGAAGAUCAAUUAUAAUUUUUAAAUCAAUGAAAGGUAAUGUAUUGCCAUGUGUCUCUGUCUUCCCCCUGCAGCAUUAUGAGCAGUCUAAAACAUUCAACGCUGUGAUGGACAUCCUCAACUUGAUCUUCACCGCCCUAUUUACCAUAGAGAUGGUUAUCAAGCUUCUGGCUCUCAGAACACAUGUGAGUUCAACAGGCUUUCACUGGACACAUUUUGAUAUCAAUACUGUGUUCUAAUGUUCCAUGUUGUAAUGUUCCGAUACCAUGUUCAAGUGUUCCAUGCUAUUGACUGUGUUUGUGUGUGUCUGUAUAUCCAGCAAUAUUUCAUUGAUGCUUGGAACACCUUUGACGCUCUGAUCGUUGUGGGCAGUGUGCUAGACAUCAUGGUCUCAGAGCUUAGUGUGAGUACUAUCUGUCUCUCCUUUAGCAACUUCAUGUUACAUAAUCUCUUGCAUCUUCAGCCAUUUCUUUACAUCAGGCAAACGUGAUACUUAGAGAAAAUGCUUGGAAGAUAGACCUGCAACACUAUUUGUGUACAGUUAUUCAUUGUAACAUCUCAAGAUCAGUUUAACAAACAAAUUGCUUUAUAAUAGUCUUGUCUAGGGUAUGCUACAGUCAGUAAAACUGUAGGAUGUUCAUAUACGUCAGGGCUCUCCAACCCUGUUCCCUGGAAAGCUACCCUCCUGUAGCUUUUCGCUCCAACCUUAGCUUAUCAACCAGCAACUUAUUAGAAUCAGGUGCGCUAGAUUAGGGUUGGAAUGUAAACCUUAGGACAAUAGCUCUGCAGGAACAGGAUUGGAGAGCCCUGAUAUACGAUAUGAUAUCGAAUGUAUAUUUUCUGUUUUUUUCUUGUCUCUCUUAUCUCCGAAACUUUUCAUCAAUCCAGGGAGGAGACGAGGAUGGAGAAGUAAGACCACGACAUGGACACAACUCUCUCUCUCUCUCUCUCUCUCUCUCUCUCUCUCUCUCUCUCUCUCUCUCUCUCUCUCUCUCUCUCUCUCUCUCUCUGUCUUUUUCUCUCUGUCACUCUUACUCAUUCAUAAAAAAGAAAAACAUAUUUCCAUUACUCUGUGUCUCCAUAAAUUGUGUGAAAACAAGCUUCUGUUCCCUAAACCUCUGUGUUUCUCCCCAGGCCAUCGAGGCCGCAGCCAAAGUAGCAGCUGUAGCCGUACCUGGAGCUCCGCCCGGGGCCAAGAAGGAAAGCGGAAAAGUGUCCAUCACAUUCUUCCGUUUGUUCCGAGUCUUGCGAUUGGUCAAGCUGCUCAGCAAAGGGGAGGGCAUUCGAACCCUCCUCUGGACUUUUGUCAAGUCCCUCCAGGUCAGUGAUAUGCUCAGACAGAUGCAAAGACAAACAGACAGAGAGACAGUGAUGUAUGAUUUAGAUGUAUGUUUAUACCUUCCCAUCUCUCACAGGCCUUGCCAUAUGUUGGUCUACUUAUUGCCAUGAUCUUUUUCAUCUACGCUGUGAUCGGCAUGCAGGUGGGUCUCCUCCCAUGCAUUGUAUCCCCCUUCAAAAGUCUUUCAAAUGCAGCUGGUGACAAUAUGGCCAAUGCGCUCACCUUUUUCAGACAUUUGGAAAGAUUGCUAUAGAUGACAACUCACAAAUCAACAGGAACAACAACUUCCAGACCUUCUUCAUGUCUGUCCUGCUGCUCUUCAGGUGAGCGCUGCAGGAGAGAGAGAGAAAUCUCCUCUCCUCUCCUCUCCUCUCCUCUCCUCUCCUCUCCUCUCCUCUCCUCUCCUCUCCUCUCCUCUCCUCUCCUCUCCUCUCCUCUCCUCUCCUCUCCUAAUGUGUGUGCUGUUCCUGUAGGUGUGCCACCGGAGAGCAGUGGCAGGAGAUCAUGUUGGCAGCAUUGCCAGGGAGACGCUGUGACCCCGAGUCAGACUUUGAGCCCGGGGAGGAGAGCAUGUGCGGCAGCAACCUGGCCUACAUCUACUUCAUCAGCUUCUUCAUGCUCUGCGCUUUCCUGGUGAGAUGGAGGUGGUGUCAGAGGAAGGAGGGGACAUCUGUAUGUGAUAGGUCUCUCUUGCGAAAGAAAAGUUUAUCUCAAUGAGACCAACCUGUAUAAACAAAGGUUAAAUAAAGACAUGUUGACUGCAGCCAUUCUGAAGCAGACCAGGUGUGAUCAAUACACUCUGUUCCUCUUCUCAGAUCAUUAACUUGUUCAUUGCUGUCAUCAUGGACAACUUUGAGUACCUGACCAGGGAUUGGACUGUACUGGGUACUCAUCACCUGGACGAGUUCAAACGAGUCUGGUCGGAUUAUGACCCAGAGGCCACGUAAUAGACCACUCUGUAUCUCUUUUUUAUUUAUUUAAAAUAAUGUAUGUUAAUGUAAAUGGUCUUAACAACCCAAUUAAAAGAAAAAAGAUACACUUACCUGUGAAAGAUACACAUACACAUUCUCUCAAAAUUGAAAAAGAAUAAAAGGGAUAUCGUCUUUCUUCAGGAAAACUGUCUUUGUCCUCUAUCUUCCUUUUUUUCUUUCUCUCUUGUCGUCUAUCCCUUUUCCCCAUUUGGUCCUUUAUUUUGUCCACAUUUCCAAAGGCUCGUACUGGAGCUGUGUACAUUGUGCUGUUGUUUUUCUGUGUUGCAGGGGUCGAAUCAAACAUAUAGAUGUGGUCACUAUGCUGCGCAGGAUCCAGCCACCCCUUGGUUUUGGCAAAUUGUGCCCCCAUCGUGUGGCCUGCAAGGUAGGGCAGAUCAUAUUUUAAUGUUAAAGGUUGCAUAAAUGAACAAUUUUAAUAAACAUAUUAGCUUGUAGUAUUUGUAUAAUUGAAUGUUUGAUUUAUGUCAGAUAUUGUGCAGUGAGAAUGAUAUCCUUAAAAUUACGUUUUUAUUCAUCAAAGUCACUCCCACUUAAUAUAUCAAGACAGGCUACAUGUCCUACAGUCCCUCUGUACCCAUACAAGCCUGUCUAAUCUAGCAGAUCAGUGGAAUUUACUCCCUGAGUCUUGGCUGCCUUUCUUCCUCUUCCUCCUGCCAAUCCAAUUAACUGCUUACCCCCCCUCCUCCUCCUCCCUUUCUCCCGCUCUUCCUCUCUGACUCUGUUUCAUCUGCUUGCUUGUCCUGUCAGAGGCUGGUUGCUAUGAAUGUGCCGCUGCACAGCGAUGGGACAGUCACCUUCAACGCUACCCUGUUUGCGCUGGUCAGAACCUCACUCAAGAUCAAGACUGACGGUCAGUCAGCACACACACAGUGUAUCAUUCACACAUAAUGAUUUAGUGCAGUGGGGCUUGCGGCCUUUACUCCUGUGUUUUUAAAGGUCUUGUGUCUCUCCACUAGGGCCCGUUGACCAAGACAAUGAGGAGCUCAGGGCCAUCAUUAAGAAGAUAUGGAAGCGGACUAAGCCCAAGCUCCUUGAAGAGGUCAUUCCACCCCCUAGAGGUAAACCUAAGGAGGUGCCAUUUCAGCCAACUAGACAGAGACUUAUUUACUACCUUGUAACCACACAGACCACUCUAAUGGUCAUUUUAAAGUUACAGAAAUACAGGUUUCUUUCUUUAUCUCCCUAGGGUAUUUUUCCCGUGUUUUUUCUCUUAGUCCUUCUCUAUCACUUUCCCAUUUGCCUCGACCCUUUGUUUAAAAUGUAUAUUUUUUUCUGUUCUCCUCCUCUGUGGCGAUUCUUCCUGACUCAGGGGAAGAGGUGACUUGUGGGAAGUUCUACGCCAGCUUCCUGAUCCAGGACUACUUUAAGAAGUUCCGCAAGAGGAAGGAGAGGGAGAGGAAGAAGAAGGGAAAGGACAAGAAAGACUCUCUCCAGGUAUCCCAGUUACCUGGCAACACUUGUUGUUAAUGUUUGGUGACUGUGUGUGUGUGUGUGUUUGUGUAUCACACUUUGUGUGUUUGUGUGUGUCAGGCAGGGCUACGGUCACUGCAGGCACUGGCCCCAGAGUUGCAUCUGGCCUUGGCAAUGGAGGGAGAGGAGGAGGAGGGUAUGGAGGGAGAGUUGGACGAAGACUUUUUCAAAGUAAGUAUAUCUCCUAUUGACUGUCAUUAGUGUAUCAAAACAGUAUGUACUGAAAUGAUUUGUCUGUUCUAUUUUGACAUUGAUCAAAUAAGGAAAUAUCACAUACAGUAGGUAAACAUAAUAAAUGUUUAUAUAGUAUUUACAACAAGAAGCAGUUGACUGUAUAUUAAAGCUGAUCUCUCUGUUUUCCCCUUCCUCCAGAAUGAAAAUGUUUUUGAAGAUCCUGGCACCUCUGCCACCAAUACUUUAUCCACAACUCCCAUGCCAGCUGACAUGGAGGAGGGCACCACCACUGUCUUCAUGGAGCCCUUCGUCGAGCCCACAAUAUUCAGCGACGUGGUCACAGAACAGCCAUUGACAGCCAGCGAGAGACCAGAAUCAACUCUCUCAUCCUUUGAUGUGGUGAUUGAACAGCCCACGAGAUCUGAGGCCCUCCCUCCACCAGAAGAAGCACCAGCCCCACCCCCGCCCCACCCACCCCCAGCCCCAUCCCCACCAAAGGCCCCAUCCCCUCCCCAACCAGCACCAGCCCCAUCCCCACCAAAGGCCCCAUCCCCACCAAAGGCCCCAUCCCCUCCCCAACCAGCACCAGCCCCAUCCCCACCAAAAGUUGCUUCUCCACCACAAAUGGUUGCCCAAACCCAACCUCAAACAGUGUUAGCCCCACCAGAACCAGAGGCACCUCAAAUAGUGUUAGCCCCACCAGAACCAGAGGCACCUCAAAUAGUGUUAGCCCCACCAGAACCAGAGGCACCUCAAAUAGUGUUAGAGGCAGCCACUGCCACACCUCAACCAGAGCCAGUGAUGGAGGGAAGAGGAGGUGAAACUUACGCUGCACAGCAGGUGUACUACCCACAGUACCCAGUGGGCUUGCUAACAAACGAUGGGUAAGUGGAAAGGGGAGAGAGGCAGAUCUGGGUUAAAGAAGCUCAGUUGAAGAGUGAGAGAGAGUGUGUGAAUGUGUGUGUGUGUGUGUGUGUGUGUGUGUGUGUGUGUGUGUGUGUGCAUAAGUGUUCCCUUUCCCUUCACAGGUAUGUGUAUCAAGAGCAACCUGCAGCAUUCCAUAUCCCGUCAGAGUACAUGCAGAGUCAUGCUCCUAACUUCACCAAUGGGAGCGUUGCAGGAGGACCCUACGGCAAUGGAAACGGCAUGCAUGGGAAUGGCUACAAUGGCGUUAUGAAUGGUAUGAAUGGAGGUAGCAUGAGUGACUACACCGGCAAUGGUUACAUAGGAAAUGGCUACAGUGGAAAUGGCUACAAUGGCAACGGAUUGGAGCCGUAUGUCCGGAGACGUGUUCUUCCUCCCACUCCUGCAGGUAAUCAUCACGUCAGUCUUUCUCCUCAACACCUGUAGAAUCAGUAGAAGUAGAACUAGAAACACCCAGUGACAGUCUUAGUACAUUUCCAUUUAUAUUUCCUUCCAGGUCGUAAGCCGCCCUCCUUUAACAUCCAGUGUCUGCGGGCACAGCAUAGCGUGGGUGACAUCCCCAUCCCUGGCACGUAUGAGAGUAACUCGCCCCCAUGCAGAUCCAGACUGGUAAGAAACACACACAUGCAAAAGAAUAGUCAACAAAUCCUCACAUGAAUCAGAGAGACAUUUUGAUUUUAAUGUAAUAAUAUAAAUCAAGAUUUUAAUCAUUUUCCUCUUGGCGUUGUCCUCCAGACCCUUGACUCCCGCCGCAACAGUGUCUCCUCCACGUCCUCGGCCUCCUGGGCCAACAAUGGAGGAGGACCUGCAGGGUCGAUGCCAGGAGCAGGGGUGUCAGCAGCAUCAUCAGCAGCCGCAAAGAGAGGGCGUCUGCUCUACGCCCCUCUGAUGCUGGUGGAUGAGGCCGGGGGCACCCAGCAGCUGUGGGGAGACAGGACACAGACCACCUCCAGCCUCCCUGCUGUUGCAACUAGGCCCAGUGGCUGGUACCCUGGAGCCCCAACACUCCCCAUGCCCACGCCCCAGAACAGGAGCUACACCAACGGCAGAGUGCCCUCACAGAUCAGCCAAAGACUCAUAGAGAAGGGCAGUGCUAACAGCCUGGUGGAGUCGGUAAGUGAUGAAUAAAACAAAACGUCCAGAUAAAAGUCAGAUAAAAAACCCAAAGCUACAUAUUGUUUACCGGUAGGCUAUACCUUAUCUGCCUAAUAGUCAGUGGAGGAGUCAAGUGCACUCUAAGCGUCAAUAAUUUACCACAGAAAUAGCUUUGCUUUCCAGAAAUGUAUAUUUGCCUUAGUGAGUCAGUGAUUUACACCCCAUGAAAGUUCCCCUAUUAGAAUGUUUAUGAAUAUUCAAUAAACACUUGUAUGCUGUAGGUUGUUGGGAUAUGGAACUAUAUAUAUAGAGAGAGACUGAUAGAGAGAUUUGUGUUCACUGUUUCACUACUCUCGUUAUUCUCCUACAGAUCCUGAUAUCGGAAGGCUUGGGCCUCUAUGCAAGAGACCCAAAAUUUGUGAACUUCGCCAAGCGGGAGAUCGCUGACGCAUGUAACAUGACCAUUGAUGAGAUGGAGAACGCAGCCACAGACCUGCUGACCCGUUCUACUGGACAGCCAAUAGGACGCUUCGAGGAGGAGCUGGCUGACGAGAUGAACUGUGUGAUUUCCUACUGAGACUAGAGAGAGGAACAGAGAGGAAGGAAGAGGGAAGGGAAGGAGAGUUGGAGGGAAACGAGAUAGAGCUUUACCUCUUUGUCUCCAUCAAAAUGGGG